AUGGCGUCUUGGAGAGCAAGUCGUAUACUUAAAUUGGUAUCACCUGAUGCAACAUCUCAUACUCAAGACAAUCUGGUGGUUAAAAUCGACAAUACUAUUGUAGAAGAUCAACACAGUACAGCUAAAGAAAACGCAGAAAAUGUUUCCCCAAAUAAAAAUAUUGAUGUAAGUAGCUGUGAUGAGAUCUUAUCAGAUUGUGAUAGAGAUGAUCAAUUUGCCAACAAAAUUGAUGCUCGAUUUAUUAGUUCCCGUAAAACAGAUAAUAGUAGUCUUACUACACACACAUCAAUAAUAAGAACAUUGCAAACAAACCUCGUACCAGAUUAUGACAGUGAUGAUUCAUCCAUAAAUGAUAAUAAUAACUUAGAAAACAUUGAAACUUGUACUGAAAUUGAUCAAAGCAUUCAAAAAGCACUGCCGAAAUCUUCUUCUUCAAGCUCGUCUACAUCAAGCUCGUCUUCAUCGAACUCUACCUCCUCUGGUAGUUCAUCUUCGGAUUCAGACAGUUCUACGUCUUCUAAACGAACUAAUCAACAUUCUGAACAAUACGCCAAUGGUGUAAGACCACAGAGCGCUUCAACUUCCACUCUACCUGCCAAUAUUUCACCAAAUUAUACUGAUGAAAGUGAUAAUAUAGACUUAAGUGAUGACGACCCUACAUUUAAUUAUGAACUGUCUACCAAACGCAAAAAGAAAAACUAUUUUUUUGAUGCCACCAAAACAGACUCAUCUGACAGUGACGACGAUAGUGUUUCAGAUUCUGAUAGAAAGAAGCUUAGUAAAAGAGGGCGCAAGCGAUCUCUAAAUCCUGCAAAGUGGAAACAAAAUAAAGUUAAAAAGCUACGGAACACUGGUGAAUCGUAUAUAUCCAUAUCGAAAUCUCAGAAAGUUAUUCCCAGCCGCUGUCUUAAAGUGCCUUGCACAGAUAAAUGUAGAUUAAAAUGCACAACUAAUAUAUCAAUGGAUGAAAGUACUGAUGAAAAAAAGAGAGAGCUGGAAGAUAAAUAUAAUAAACACAUAGAAGAAAAGUCAUUGAGUAGAAUAGAAAAACAAGAAGAUCGUAAAAAAGUUACCAAAGAUAAUAUAGUCGCAAUUUAUGAUUUAGAAGCAGUGCUCCAAUGUCCAAGAGGGCACACUCAAAAUGAAGCGGAUAGCGUGCACAGCUUAAUAGAAAAAGAGAUAAAGAAAAAUCUUAAAUCAGGGCCCAUUUACAGCCCUGAUCAGUACAUAGCUUUAAUUAAAAAUGCUAAAAAAAGUAAACCAGCUAUAAAUGUACACGAAUUAACCUUUGAUUCCUUCGUUGAUACUAAAAUAUUGCAGGAAGAAUGGGGUUACAAUUAUAAUACAAAUAUGGACGGACAAACAGUUAAUUGGAAUAAUAUAAAAGUAUUGAUGAUGAAAAAAGAGAAACCAUUCAGUAUUUUUUACAAAACUUCCUACAAAGAUGAUUGUUUCCAAGAAAUAGAUGUAAGAAAUAAAAGGAAGAAGAUGAAGCUCAUAACAGAAAUUACACUAAAAAAGGCUUACACGGAAAGGCAAGAUAUAAGUCUUAAUAAAAAGAAGGAUUUAAGAGAUCUCGUCAAUAAAGGACUUAUUCCUCCUUUUUACGCAAAUUUUUAUAAUUCGAUCAUUAACUAG